AUGGCCAAUUUUUGUUUCAGAUUUCUCUGUCUUGUUCUUCUUGUUUUGGGUCGAUUUAGUUUUGGGUAUGGAGGUGACACCGGGUGGGGAUUUAACAAUGAGGAAUCCUGCCGGUAUUGGCGGGGGUGCGGAAGCUUCUUUGGGUGGCCGGUUCACAAGGGUUCAGCCGGAGGUGGGGUUGGGUCUGGCCAUGGUGAGGGUUAUGGAGCUGGGUUUGGUGUAGGUAGUCAUGGUGGUAGUGGUGGUGGCGGUGGGGGAGGGUAUGGAGGAGGUGGGUCUGAAGAAGGGUCUGGUCAUGGUAGUGGAUAUGGAGCUGGCGGUGGUGGAUUUGGGUUUGGUGGCGGAGGGGGUGGCGGAGGAGGUGGUGGCGGCGGUGGUGGUGGGAAUUCUGUUCGGGGAGGGGAGGCGUAUGGACAUGGAAGUGGGUUUGGGGGAGGUGGUGGUAUUGGUGGCGGUGGAGCUGGAGGGGGAGGCGGCGGCGGUAGUGGAGGUACAAAUGGAGGAAAUGGCUACGGUAGUGGAUUUGGCGGUGGCGUAGGUAUUGGAGGAAGCGGCAGUGGCGGCGGCGGCGGAGGAGGAGGAGGAGGAGGAGAAAGUGGCCAAAAUGGAGGAUAUGGGAAAGGGGAGGGCGGUGGUUUUGGAGGCGGAGAAGGGUUUACAAAUAGCGUUGGCGGCGGCGGUGGGAAGGGCGGACAAGGCAUGGGGAUGGGAUUCGGGAUGGGGUUCGGGAUGGGCGUUGGGUUUGGAAUGGGAAACACCAACAAUGGAGCCGAUGAGUCCAACGGUCAACCUCAAGCUAAACCCACCAAUGCCAAACCUUAG